CUUUUAUUGUUGUAGGUCGCUUGUGAGUAGGGUUCUCGCAGGUAGAGUGACAGCUGAACCUGGAAGCAACAUAGUGCGUGAUCCUAGCGCAACAACAACAAGAUGCCCUAUAUACUGAUCAGCACCCAGAUCCGCAUGGAGAUCGGACCCACAAUAGUAGGAGAUAAUUUAUCAGAUCCAGAACUAAUGGCCCAGAUUGGAGCUACCAAGAGGACGGUGCUGGGAAAUAAUUUUGCAGAGUACUUUGUUUCUGAACCACCACGUGUGACACUGGAUAAACUGGAAAAGCUAGGGUACCGGGUUGUAAGCAUGACAGGGGUGGGACAGACUCUAGUUUGGUGUUUACAUAAGGAAUAACAACAUUUUUAUGAAUGAGAAAAUAAAACAGAUCAAAAGGAUACCUUGUAUUUAGCAUCAUACCAAGCAAAAGCCUCUGGUAGUGAUAUGAAAAUCUGCAAUGUUAGUUUACAGAGUGAAAUAAAUAUAUUCAAUAGAUCUCACUUAUUUUCUGAUCAGAAAAUGAUUUAUUACUAGUUUAUCUACCACUAGCACAGUGCCGCCAUCAAUUUGUCUACAUAAGGAAUAGAUGUGCAGAAUUUCAUUGGAGCUGACCACGGACUAUGAACUGAUCAAAGUCAUACUCCUCCUCUGAAACCUGUAAAAGAUAUAGGAAUCGAAGAAACCAUUUUCUAAAUGAGCAAACUGCCACAUAAAGACUGUAAACAAGAACAUUGUUAUCGGCCAAUUUCAUGUAGGACCAACUGUACAGAUAGAGACGUGCUUAAGUGUCACUAUAACCUGGAUGCAUUUACAAGAUUUGCAGAACCUGUACGCUAUAAAGCACGGACAGACAAGUGGGAUAGAUCACAGAAACAAUUUUACUUCUGUAUUACCAAAAAUGACCUGGUGUUCUGAUGUAUAAACAUUGUAUUGACUAGGAAAACAGCUAAUUAUUGAAAAUAUAUUGUUCCAGUACAUCUCACAACUGAAUGAAUAUAUGUAGAAACUACAAGCAAACAAAGGUACUACGCUGAACUGAGAAGCAGGAAUAAAACACUUAAGUGUUGCAGAAUAUAAAAAUUAUCCAGGUUGAUUGUCAUCAGUUUUAUUUGGGAUAAAAGAAAUGUUAAUGCACUGGUCUGUUACAUCUCAGAUUAAAGUGUUCUGAAAAGCUGCAACCAUAAAAGACAUUAAACUCCAUACUUAAAGGGACAGUCAACAUCAACAUUUUUAUUGUUUAAAAAGUUAGAUAACACCUUUACUACCCAUUCCCCAGCUUUGCACAACCAACAUUGUUAUAUUAAUAUACUUUACUUUAUAACCUUUAAACCUCUAAAUUUCUGCCUGUUUCUAAGCCACUACAGACAGCCUCUUAUGAUUUGCUUUUUUAUUAGCUUUUUACAACAAGAGACUGCUAAUCCACGUGGGCCAUAUAGAUAACAUUGUGCUCUCUCCUAUGAAGUUGUGGCUGACAAUGCACUAAUUGGCUAAACUGCAAGUCAGUAGAUACUAAAUAGCCAUGUGAUCAGGGGGCUGUCAAAAGAGGAUUAGAUACAAGGUAAUCACAGAGGUUAAAAGUAUAUUAAUAUAACCAGGUUGGCUGUGCAAAACUGGGGAAUGGGUAAUAAAGGGAUUGUCUAUCGUUUUAAACAAUAACAUUUUCUGAGUUGACUGUCCCUUUAAAAGGAUAUUAAACUGCUGGGUACAACUACAGUAGCAUGAUUUCUACUCACCAUGUUAUUAUUUUCCUCCUGUAUCUGCAGCUUUCUUUAAAGGGACAGUAUACUGUAAAAAUGUGUUUCCAAUUACUUUUUUUUACCAGCUGCAGAGUAUAAAAUGUAUGAGAUUUGCUUUUUUAAGGCUUAUUUAUGUAUAUGAAUUAUCUAACCUAAUAAAAUGGGUUGAGCUUGUAGGUAUAAUCAGAUCUCAUUACUUUAUCACAUUGUGUACAUAUACCUGCUUCUUCAUCUUAUAUCUGCCCAUAAACCAAUCACCAAUACUUGGAGAGAACAAUGGAAAAUUAACAUUUUAUUAACUUAUCUCUUCUAUAACUCACUGGGAGUGUAAUGAAUUCUACUGGCUAAGUUAACACAGCUUGGCCUCGUGUCCAAACAUUUUCAGGAUGGGUGGGGAUACCACAGGCUAAAUAAACUAUUUCAAAUGCCAAUAUAAGGGUAAUGGAAAUACGUGUAAACAAUUUAAUACAUUCCAGCAGGUAAAGUUGAUCAUUUGGAACAAAUUAAAGGGGAGAAGAUUUUUGAGUAAACUGUCCCUUUAACCCCUUUGUUGCGGUACAAUAGUGUUCACACCGGAACGAAGCUCUGAUGUAAACACUAUUCGUAAAAAUGAAAUCACGCAAUAGUCAUGCGAUCACGUGAUUUCAAGGCUGGGAUCGGAUCAUGGGGGACUGCCUAGGCACACCCUCCAGGCUGAUCCUUGCCUUUGUCAAAGGGGGAAGCUGUAGGACAUCAUAUAUGGUUGGAUGUUCCAUGCCUAAUGGUGUGAAGGGGUUUAGGCCAUUGUUUUAUUUUUACUCCUUACAGAAGCCAUUUGGUAAAGUUGUGUAACUUUAUACUGGUGAUAUUUACCUGAGCCUGCAAAAUUCUACAUAGUGAUGGGUUAGCUUCAUUUACAAGCUCAUUUACAUUGUUGCUAACUGGCCACAGUAAAGGAUACCAGGAACAUGGCUUCCACCAGGCGUUUUCAAAUUUAGUAUCUCUGCUCUUCUCUUGAUUUGCAAAACCUUGUAAAGUGUGCUAACAAAAUAAAUGUUAAAUUAUUUUAAACAUU